AAUUUUCUGAUUAGUUAACAAUUCAAGCCUGUCACAUAAUCAUCAUCAUUAUCAUCAAAUUAAAUCAAAGUGUCACCUUAAAUCAUCAAAUCAGCUUUAAGAAACAUUUUUUUCCUCUCAUUUUCUGAUUGAUAAAAAUUUGACAAAACAAUUUUAGAUUAUGCUUGGCGAAUCUGUUUGUGCAAUUCAAGAUCACCAAGUACAGAAGCUUUGAUCAUUUCACCCCUGUGCCAAUCUUCACAAAAGUUCAAUGGGAAAACUUUACCUGGCAUCGGUUUGAUGUUGGCGAUGGCUAAAUAUUUUAGCAAGAAAAGUUAUCUAGCUAAAGAUGUAAUAUUCUUGAUUUCUGGUCAAGAGAUUGGAUUCCAGGCAUGGCUUGAUUCUUACCAUGAAGUUUACUCAUCACCUGUUUUAACUUCUGGUUAUCUGACAGCUAAGAGUGGGCCCAUACAAGCAGCCGUUAAUUUACAAAUUGAUGAUGAAGAUAUCACUCAAUUGGAGAUUGAGAUUGAAGGAAUCAACGGCCAGUUACCCAAUUUAGAUUUGUUCAAUGUCGCCGUGGAAUUAGCAACCAGAGAAUCGAUAACGCCAACAUUUCAUGGAAAAUCGCAUCCUUUCUCAACAGACUUUUAUCAAGUUUCCCAAAAUUAUGCUUUAACAACAGCUUCUAUGAUGAUUUCCCAAGGUAUUUUUCAAAAAUAUGCAAUAGAGAGAGAAUGUGGAUGAUAAGAGAGGAAAAAGAGAUAUAAAGAGAAGGGGAUGGAGUAGGAGGAAAGGAGAGGAAAAGGUGAGAGAGUAAAAGUCAAAGGCACCUAACCUAACCUAACCGAUUUUUUUGCCCACCUUGAAAUUGGGCCCGACCAUGAGAGCGCCAGAGGCACCUCCAGCCACACUCGAAGAAGCUGAAGAUAUUCUCAUUUGAGAUUGCAUCUGAAAACAAUUCUUUCUUGAUAUUGACGGGGUUUCACUUUUCUUUUACUCUUUCGCGACUUUUGAGCAACCGGAUAAAAAGUCUAGACGAAAACUAAACGAAUGGACAUUUUUCAACAGAGAUUAAAAUAAAUCCUUGGAAACAAACAGUUUACCUGAGAUUAAAUUCAACUUCAACCACAAAAGAAAGAAAAUAAAUAAACACAAAAUUUGUGUCACAAAUUGUGUUACAUAAUUAGACAAAUUGGAAACUUUCCAAUGGAAAGACCGAAAAACUCACAACAAACCAUAGAAAAUGAAUGCGCGUCAUCUCUUGGACUUUCAACGAACAUUUCUGGUUGAAUUUCUCUCGAAGACAUUUAAACAGUUUCGUGAUUAUUCUAAUUUUUGAUUGUGAUUAAUUCUAUUCCCAUUUAGCUUUGGAUUAGUUAUCAAAGGAUUUUGGCUAAUUACUGAUCUUGAUACUCCAAGAUGAUUUACAUGAUUUUAAUUUAAUGAAAACGAUAACAAACAAAUAAAUAAAUGGUGACUAAAUUGAAGCGCUUUUUGAUUAAUAUUAUUACAGGAAAUAGAUUGUAAAUCGAAUCUAAAUAUUGUGAUAGUAAUCAUUUGAUUCCUAUUGAACGAAUACAAUGUUCAAAAAUAGUCCAAGUGAAAGCAGUCAUGGCAGCUCUUCUCAUUAAUCGUGGAGUUAAUCACAUCAGCUGGAUGAGUUAUUAUUGAUGCAAAGAUGCCCGAGACAAAUGAAUAAGUGAAAUUGAUGAAAGUCUCGAGGUUGGGCUGUUGAUUAUCAUGAUGAUUACGUGAAUUUAAACAAUAAUAUAAUUUUUCCGUUCAUCAAACGAUCUUGAAAGUGGCUAAGAUUUCAUUCCUUCCAUUGAGCAAACUCCUUGAAUCAUGAAUAACCUUUAAUGUUUACCAAAAGCUCAUUUUGCUUUCGACAAGUUGAAUGUUCCAUUCUGUUGCUAAUUCAGUUACAAUGAACAAGUUAAUCGACUCUGUAUGGAAAGAGGUUGGUUCAUUCAGUGGAUUCUCUUCAUUGGAUUUAUAUAAACAUACUAGUGAGAAAUGUGCUAGUUUAAUUGAUCUUUGUUCUUUCCCUUUGAAUGAAAUCGAACAUUCUAAAAGUUCAUCAAAAACGAAAGAAUUAAGUACGACAAAACCUUCAGUUAAUCGGAAUAAUGAAAUCGAUUCAAAACAUGAUUAUACUCUUUUAAUAACUAAAAUAAUUUCAUGUCAUGGACUAAGAGUGAUUCAUGAUAAUCUGGAUCAAAAUGGUGUCUUGUUCAAGGAGAAUAAAUUUGUUCUUGAUUCACUUCAUUGGCACAACAUAUUGAGGAUUAAACAUCGAGCUCCUCCAUUGAGUUUAUCGAUUCAAUUAUGUGAAAGAGCUCAGGACUGGGCUAAUAAAUUAGCUCAUUGGGAUGUUUUCUAUCAUCAAAAUCAAUCAACAAUCGGUGAAAAUCUUAUUCUCAAAUGCAGUUCUCUUCAUGAAAUUGAAGUUAACGGUGAACAAGUAACAAAGUAUUGGUACGCUGAAAUCGAUCAUUACAGAUUCGACUUACCUAAUCAUUUAUUGCACACACGAGCGAAUCAAUUCACUCAAAUGAUUUGGAAAGAAUCGAAAAAAUUUGGAAUUGGUAAAGCUCGAAGUCGAUCUGGUAAAUUGAUCGUUGUUGCUCAUUACGAGCCCCCGGGCAAUGUGAAAGGAUAUUUUCAAAUGAAUGUACUUGCCCCAUUCAAAGAUUUUGAAUUGAAUUUUAUCGCCGAUAGUUUGAUUGCCAAUCACCGAGGAAGAUUGAAUCGAGCCUUUGGAAGGAAAUUGAAGACACGUCGUAAAGCAAUUUACGAGUAAAUUUGUCACACUUAUCGAAAUCAAAAUGAUAAGAAAAAAACAAGAUCAUGGCCAUGAAAAUGAACUGAACUGAUACCCGAUGACCGAGAAAAAAAUGAUUAAUAUUCAUGUUGACAUUAAUUAUACUCAAUCAACCUUCACAUUUAGGGUUGAUGGUUGAUCAAUAGACACAAGGCGAUCUCAACAAUUAAUUAAACCAAUAUAAUUUUCUCUUAGAAAUCUGUAACGAUCUUGAUCCUUACAAUCCAUUGAUCUACAAAUUGAUCAAGAAAAUUUGUUUUAUAACCAAUAAAAAUUGAUACAAUCAAAAAUAAACUUAACCUAAAUGUUUAAUUUUUGAUUGUUGUUGUUUUUUCUUGUUAAAAAGGAAUUAAUUAAACUAUUAAUUAGCCAUUACGUUGCAAUAUUGUUAUCAGGUCAUCCAGAGGUUUGUUAUAAAUGGUGAGACAACUCUUGAUAAUCAAGUACAAUCAACGAUGUCCAUCAUGAAGCAAUUAACUUUUAUCAAAUCAUUUCUUGUGUUCUCGUGUUUUUUGAGUCUCCAAUGUCUCAGCCUGAAAAUUGACUUUACUCCUUGUGGCGGUAAAGUUUUGGAAUUACGUCUGUUUGGUUGUCAGAAUGAUACAGAGCCUUGUUUGAUGAAUCGAGGAAUCAAAGGUCGAUUGGAAGUUGAUUUCGAGGCUCCGUUCGAUUCUGAUUAUGUUUAUGCCGAUGUUAGUC